GAGUAUAUUCCAUUUGACAAGUUUCCCAAAGUUCCACAGUCGAUUCUUGACCAACCUGUAGAAGAGCUUUAUAAAUUCAUUGAUGAGGAGCCACCGAUGUUGUCACCAGAAGCCAUUAAACAGAAGAAAGAGACAUAUGUAGACUUCGCAAUACCUGACAAGUAUCUCAAGUACAAGACGAAAGAUGAGAUUACCGCCAAGGACAGGGCCCUAGUUGAGGAGUUGGACAAGUUUUUGAAGCUUGAUGAUGAUGAAGAGAUUGCUCAAUCUCAACUCAAGUUGAUUAAGCUAUACUACGACCAAGAUUCCAAUACCUUCCAGCCAUUGCCAGAACACACACUCAAGAAAUCAUUACUGGGUAUGAUCAACUUGAAUCCUUCCUUAGACGAAAUUGAUGACGAGUACCUUUGGAAGAUUCUUCCAAAAGGAAAACUAUUUGGAUUACCUCCUUUUGAGAGCAAGAUCUCUCCUGACGGGUUUAAGAAUUGGGAGAAGGAAAUGCUUGAAAGAAAACACAAAGAAAACUCAGCUAGAGCCAUAGAUGCUAAGGAGUUUAACGAUUUCCAAUCACAACUCACAGACUCGAAGUCUUUCUAUGCCAAGACUGGAGCCCGUAGGAAGUUGAAUAGAAAGUUGGUAAAAAAGUACAAGCAGUUGAAAGAGGAAGGCAAAAUUCCAAAGGAUAUGGACAAGGAUCCAAACGACGAUAAUGAUGAUUUAUUAUGA